AUGGCCUCGCUUAACUUGCAAUACGAUGCGGCCAUUGGCGGGAAUGUGCGUUUACCGGACGAAAUCAAUGCGGCCAACUUUGCCGAAAGCAGGAAGGAGGAGGUCUGCCAGAUGCUCCGCAACAUGGCCAGCACAACUCACCAGCGCAAGUUAAUGCACCAAUCGUUGCCCCUGCAUAUGCGUCGCCGGGCCAUGUCCUACGAUCCGAAGCGUUUACCGCGAAAGUUUCGUUCUGUGCACCUGUCGCAGUUCAGCAAAAGCGGCGUUUCGGAGAAGAAAAAGCGACCCUCUCGAAAGUUUCGCCGAAAGCCGCACAACCUGCUAAAGGAGUACGAACGUCGCAAACGCGCCUCCGUUUGGUUGGAGACGCACGUUUGGCACGCGAAACGAUUCCACAUGGUGUCCAGAUGGGGUUAUAAGAUUCCGCAAGCACCAUGCAACAAAAGCUACCGAUCGAGCUACCGUGCCUCAUCGAAACACUGUCUGAUGCAUGACCUUUCUUACGAAGGAUGUGUAGAAGUGAGCGGGAAUGAAACCGCCCUGAAGGAGGGAUUCCGGAGGAUGUGUAGCGACCGAAUCGGGCUUACCAUGGGUGCCAAGGCGUACUCUGCUGGUCAGCGAGCCGGGUACGUUUGGUUGUACGAGGACGGUGCUUAUCCGUAUGGAUGCCUGGGCAAGGUACGGUUCUUGUGGCGUCCGAACGACACCGCAGACGAAGAUCACCGCACCGUUUGGAUCUUCGCGCAUCCAACGUUCUAUCGUCAGCUUGUCGAGCAGCUGGUGAAAAUCUUCCAACUGCAAAAUGCGCUCCGCAAAACGAAUUCCACCAUUAAGGACAUCACGAGGAACCCGGCUGAAAUUCGUUUCCCUCGCUACUCAUCGCCAGAGUCCACCGUCGAGGUAGUCGAAUUAAAAGACACCCUUAAUCGCUUUCAGCUUACCGGGCCGCUUUCCCACGCAACACUGAACAAAACCUUCCGGUUGUUUGUUCCGCCAACGCAAACCGAUGUAGCUAACCAAACCUGGUUCACCGAAUACAGCGAUCGUUCGCCAAAGUGUAAGAAAGUGCUCACCAACCAAAUGGCCUACUGGACGGACAUUAAGGAUCUUACCUCACCCGGUGAGUUGAGCCCGGGCGAAGUGAUCGCAUUGAUUGUGCAGGAUCCUCGGUUGAAUCGACCAUCGAGGCGCACUAAAGCCUUACCCGAACUACCGGCGCGGUACAAUUUCGCUGAGUCAAUCCUUCCGAGAGAGAUGCAACCGCGUGCCAUCCGCAGUAUAUCCCCCCUGUGGGAUGAAACUAUCCGGAAACGCAUCGGUGAAGAAAUGAAGUCAACCCACGAGCUAAACCAGCUGCGUAAUGCCGAAGCGUUUGUCCCAGGGGAACCGUGUGCAUCGGAACUGCUCCUGCAACCGGUUCCGGUAAUUUUGCUGCAAAACCCCGGCUCCCAGGAUGCCGACUACAAGCGGCUCGGGUAUGGGUCCGGUUGGGAGGUGAUCGUUCCCGCAGGAUACGGUCUUGCCGUGUGGCAAUCUCUCACGAUGUGGGGAGCGAAAGCAGUCGGACAACAGCAGCUCAACAUGAUGGCGCUCGAGUCCGGUUACGAUCGAUACGGGGUUCCCGAUACAGUUCCUGGACAGCUGGAGGCGACCCGUGUCCAAACGGAAGCCUUACAAAAGUACUUCAACCGACCGAGCAACAAGCGCGUGAACUACACGAAACUCUCAAUCGUGUCACCAUUUCGGUGCCCCUGGACGCAGCUCACGCGGGAGUGGAACAGCACGCUAAAGGAGGGAAACGACGCAUCCCCUUUUUACGUCCUGCGCGAUCAAGAUUCCCUCGCAAAGCUUAGGAUGGCGCUCGAUCGGAAAUUCAACAUCCACUCGAUCGGCCUGUCACCCAAUGCGCUUGUGCCCGUCCUGCUGACACUGAAAACACGUGGCAAUCCGGGCGAUAAUGCCCUCAUUUGCCUGCCGAACCGAAGCGAUUUCCGGAUGAACAAGCAGAACCGCCUCGACGCGCAGCAUGGUCCGGUCUACAUGGAACCGUUGCAGCAGGAUCCACACGCCACGGAACGGGCCACUUUGCGGGCGCAACACCUGCGGACACUUAAACGUCUCCGCAAUCGACGGGUGCGGGAGAAAAAACGUCUCCAACGGGCCAAACCCGGGGCGCUGGUGCGCAUUCCAAAGGCAAAUAACCGCGCCCUGGUCGAGGAGCAGCUCAAAAGGAUGUCCGAACUGUGGCUGCCGGCCACACCAGCCACGAUUCGUAAUCAGUGCACCCGUGAAUGCUUUGGAUAUGUGACACAGUGCGGUUUCAGCCUGUCGGAGGGAAAUGUUUCCGGCAUCGGGUACGUCACGGCCAGGGGGCUGGAGAAGCUGUUUAAGAUAUGCACCAAGGGCACCGUUAAGGUGAUGAUCCGAGGUACGCAAACGAGGGGUUACCGAUUUGCUACGAUCCGGAUAGCACACUGA